GUUGCAUCUGUGGCGCACCAGGUCGAACUCGGUUCUUUUUUUCUUGUUUUCUUGCGAUUCCGAUCGUGAUUCCACGCAGAGAUAAACAAAACUGCAACCCUUCAAUCAGAUAAUUCUGUAAAUCGGACUCAGUCCUCUGGUAUGUGCUCUCUGUCGCAGUCCCCUGUAGCUAAGCCCUGCCCCGCUAGAGAAAAAGAAUUAAGAUAGUACGAGUUGUAGUAGUAGUUCCUAGUAAGCAUCAAGAUUAAAUAAGUCUACUGUUUCACCUGGUAGUACCCGUCGUCCGAUUGAAAGGGAAAACACUCACAGCGAAAAGGACAACCUUCGCCACGACCAUGGCGCAGCAAUUACUCUCCGUCUUAAAAGCUGAGGCGAUAUCGAAACAGCUACAGCAACUCCAACGCGACUGUGAACAGACACUUUCCGUCAGACAGAACCUCCACGAUCAGCUAAAAACGGCUUCUACGAACUACGACAGAGAGAGAAGGCGGAAUGUUGAGUUGUUGACGAAAUUGGCAGAGGGGAGGAGGGAGGUAUUGUGAAUGGCAUGGUUCCUUGUCUUCGUGAGUUUUCUCUCGUUCCCGUUUUACAGCCCUCAACCUCCUAGUUUCUUGAUCAUUUUAAAAUCGGCGGGUUCGUAGAGAAUAGAAUGAUAGAGGAGCACUAAGCCUAGACUAGAAUAGAAUGAUAGAGAAUAGAAUGAUAGAUGAUUGCGAACUGGAUACAAAACAAGAGGCCGCUCUUUCAGUAGCCCCAGGAUACAAAAAAAAAGAAACUUUUUCUGAAGUCUCCAAAUCCAAAUCCAAAGGGUUCCUUGUCAUUGUCUUUGUGAGUUUUCUCUCGUUCCCGUUUACAUGAAAGGAAACUGAAAAUUCUUUCAUCCAGCUCGGUGACGCGGAAGCACGUGCAGUUGAGUGGCAGGAAAGGAGCCAGUCUUUAGAGGAUGAGCUGUUGACCGCUUACGAGAAUAUGGCCUCUCUCAGUGAAGAGCUUACGAGUCUGAGAAUUCAGAAUAAACGCCUUAGAGGGGAAGGGGAGAAAGUGAAAUCGUGAUGUCGAUGCUUUGAACUUGAAGAAGACUGAUGAGAAUUCUCCAUGAUGAACUGACGUCAGUCUCGUCACUUCCCAAAUGGUGUCAGAUGACCAUGAGGACUUCGCCCAGCGUGACUCAGUCACGGUGACUGCCUGUCCUCGUGCUAACAAACUUAACACUUGUGGGUGUGUUCAAUAUUCC